CAGAUGUCCUUCACUCUGGGACAUCACGGACCCUGGGUGCAUCCACAGUGGACUACGUGAGCUAGGCCCCGGGCGACGACUUCUCCCCCUCCGGUCUUCGAGAUCUCCAGCUGGAACUGAUUUGCUCCCCUCUGAUUUGGAACUGAUUUGCGAGACAGGACGCGACGCUUUGAUCGUCAGAGACUCCAUCCAUGCUACGAUAGCCGAAGGUAAAGUGCACACUCAUUGUUUCCCUGGUGCCCGUGUUCUCGAUGUUUCUGUGCAGAUACCCAUGAUCCUGAAGGCCGACGAGAGCCCCAGAGCAGUUGUGCUUCACGCUGGGGUAAACGACACCAUGCUGCGGGAGACAGAGACGCUGAAGAGGAACUUCAGGAGCCUGAUCGAGACAGUUCGCAGCACGAUGCCCGCAGCGAUGAUCAUUGUGUCAGGACCACUGCCCCCAUAUCGACGAGGACAAGAAAGAACACCUCUGGUUCUCUGAUUAUGAAUUCUACAGCUGCGUCGCUGAGGACUACUGCACAGCAUCCAUGGACUGGGAGGACAUCUUACCCUUAUCUAAAUGACAUUACAUCUGCCAGGACUACUGCACAGCAUCCAUGGACUGGGAGUACAUCUUACCCUCAUCUAAAUGACAUUACAUCUGCCAGUGUGGGUACACCAUUUACGGAUUAUGAUUAUUAUUUGUACUACAAAAAUGGUGAUGAUCCAUCUGCAUUGCCCUGUGAUUAUGGAACUCAUGGAGCUAGCAUUCUCCCUGUGUUAUAUUCCUUGUUUUUCAUCGUUGGCUUUCUGGGUAACAUACUGGUGAUCUGGGUGGUCUUGCUGGGUGUGAAGCUUAGAAGCAUGACUGACAUCUGUCUUCUGAACCUUGCUGUAGCUGACCUGCUCUUGGUCUGCUCCCUCCCCUUCCUAGCACACAGUGCCAGAGACCAGUGGAUCUUUGGAAAUUUCAUGUGCACUGUGGUUUUCAGUGUCUACAACAUUGGAUUCUAUAGUGGGAUAUUCUUCAUUGUUCUGAUGAGUGUUGAUCGAUACUUAGCUGUAGUUCAUGCUGUGUUUGCUUUGAGAGUCAGAACAAGGACAUAUGGGAUCUUAGCCAGUGUGAUCAUAUGGAUCAUUGCAGUUUCAGCAUCCUUUCCUGAGUUGUUAAAUCUCAAAACCACACAGAUGAGUAGCUUAACUUACUGUAUAUAUUAUCCAACAAAUAAUGUAGAUUCUAGUCAUUAUUCAAUGAUUAUUGGCAUCUUUAGAAAAAAUAUCAUGGGUUUAAUUCUUCCACUUAUUGUUAUUGGAUUUUGUUACUCAAUGAUUCUGAUGAAACUCCUGACAGUUCGCUCUCCCAGGAGGCAGGCUAUCCGUCUUGUCAUCACGGUAAUGGUGGUCUUCUUCUGCUGUUGGGCUCCAUACAAUGUUGCAGCUUUUGUGAAAGCCUUAGAGCUGAGUAAAUAUACAAACUCAACUUGUGAGAGCAGUAAGGCAAUCAAAAUAAGCUUGCAGAUCACAGAAGCUUUGGCUUACUCACACAGCUGUGUGAAUCCCUUUCUUUAUGUGUUUGUGGGAGAGAAAUUUAGGAAGCAACUUUUCAGACUCCUGUACAGGACACCCUUCAGUAGAGUGCAGUUUAUGAAGAGCUACAUUAUACAGGGCACAGGAUCUGUUUACUCACAGACCACUAGUGUGGAUGAGAGAUCAGCUAUAGCAGUUUAAGUAAAAUAAAAAAUAAAAAAUACAUAAGCAAACAAGAAAAUUAAUCAGUUGAUCAAUCAAUUAAUAUAUAAAGGACUUACUUGCCUAGUGAAGAUGAGGCCCAGAAUAAAUUAGCAGUUUGAGUGGAAAUUUUAUCAGAAAGCUGUAAAUAUACGAGGGCAUGUUUUGAACAUUUAAAUGUUUACAUUUAUUUUUCAUAUGAUCAUGUUUUUUUUUGUUUUUUUUUUCUGGCAACUAUAUUUACUUUUUACUUUACAUGUGCAUACACACAUACAUGUAUUUUACUGUUACUGUUGGUUUUGUUAUAUGUAAAACUAUAUGAACUAUCCUUUGUAAGAAUACAUAGCUUCAAUAAAAAUGUAUGUAAGUUUGUGGCUCA